AUGCGUACAGGCCUGCUCGCGGCCUUUGCCGCAUCCACAGUCGCCGGGGCGAGCCUCCCGCUCGAGGUCCGCCAGGCGACCACAGACACUUGCUCAGAAGUCCACAUCUUCCUCGCCAAGGGCAACAAUGAGCCGUAUCCUGGUCGGCAGUCCAAGCUCGUCGCCGCCAUCUGCCACGGCCUGGCCAGCUGCGACUAUGAGGACAUCCAGAUGAACAACAUGCUCGAGGACGAGUACUGCGGGUCCAUCCACCAGGGCGCCACCAACGGACAGAGCCAGAUCAUUGCUUACAACAAGCGGUGUCCGGACGCGAAGCUGGUCGUCAGUGGCUACAGCCAGGGCGCGCAUGUCGUGGGCGAUAUCAUCGGGGGCGGGGGCGGCACCUUCUUCCAGGACUGCGUCGAGCCGAGCAACCCCAACCUGGACAUCAACAGCGAUGCCGGGAAGAAGAUCGCCGCCAUUCUCACCUUCGGUGACGUGCGCCACACGGCCAACGAGCCGUACAACUUCGAGUCCGGCGCUGGGGACUCGGGUCUGUACCCGCGCCCCGCGUCCAUGACGAGCAACCUCGCCUCGUACUCCAAGGUCUACCGCGACUACUGCGUGGCGGGCGACCCGAUCUGCGCCGGCGGCAAGACGGUCCAGGAUCACCUGAGCUACUUCGACGUCUUCAGCGACAGCGCCGCCGAGUGGGUCAAGGGCAAGCUCGACGCCGCCACCUGCGACCACUGCUCGUACACGGUGACGACUGCCAGUGCCACGGCCAGCGCCAGCGGCAGCAGCCCGGCCGCCUCGAGCACGGGAGCAGCGACCACGACGACAACCGAGGCGGACGCCUCGAGCACCGCCACGUCGACCGGCGCGUCGUCUACCGCCACCGGCACUGGCUCGUCGUCUACCACGGGAACCACGCUGUCCUCGGCUACCACGUCAUUCGCCCUGCCCGAAGGCACCGCCGCUACGACGGCCAACCUCGCGGCCACGCCGACCUCGGUGGCUCCAGCUGCCUCGGCCUCGGCAUCGGGCACGGGCAACAGCGCGGCCGGCUCGAGCCUCGACCAGCAGAGCAUGAGCGUUUUUGGGUUGGCUAUCGCGGCCGCGUUCGCCGUAAUCCUGGUGUAA